AUGUCGGUCGUGGAAUUCACUGUGAAUGGGAGAAAAUGUCGCGUGGACAAUCGAAUACCGCGAUAUACCACCCUUAAUGCGUACCUGCGCUACCACCUGAGUCUACCCGGGACAAAGGCGAUGUGUCACCAGGGUGUGUGUGGGGCUUGCAUUGUCAUGGUCUUCGGUCGCAGGCCCACGACUGGGACCUACGAGACAUUUUCUGUUAACUCGUGCCUAGUGCUAGCCGUAUCCUGCCAUGGGUGGGAGAUCACCACCAUCGAGGGGGUCGGAAACAGACUAGAAGGCUACUCCGAAGUCCAAAAGCGCAUGGCUGCGAAUAGUGCUACUCAGUGUGGUUACUGUACUCCUGGAUUCGUUAUGCAGUUGCACAGCCUCCUACACAAGAACUUGACCAUGGCGGAGCUGGAGAAUUCAUUUGGCAGCAACACAUGUCGCUGCACCGGAUUCCGACCAAUUCUGGACACGAUCAAAUCCUUCGGCUCCGACGCCCCCAAGAACCUGAUAGACGACAUAGAGGAUCUGAAAAUCUGUAAGAAGAACUGCGAAAGAAAAUGCUCAGUGAACAGCGAAUGGAGUGUCGUCAGCGAGGAAGCAGCAAAUCAAAUUAUAAAAAUCGAUUAUGGCCAUGAUAAGUACUACAAGGUGUGGACUGUUGAUGACAUUUUCAAGGUUAUAAAGAAAGCUGGCGACAUCUACCGAUUCGUGGAUGGUAACACUGCUAAGGGAGUGCUACCAGAACUCUUCGAUUAUCCACCAAUCCUUAUUGACAUCAGUGAAGUAUCUGCCCUGAAACAGUACAGCAUAGACCAAAAUUUAAUCCUCGGAGCCAACAUCAGCAUAGAAGACUGUCUAGAUAUAUUCAAGAACGAAAGCAAGACCGACGAAUUCGCUUACCUGGAUGACUUCGUGAAACAUUUAGACGUCGUCGCUCACAUUUCCGUGAGGAAGAUCGGCUCUUUGGCUGGUAACUUCAUAAUCAAGCACCUGAAGAGGGAAUACCAGUCUGACAUUUUCCUUCUGUUUGAAUGUGUGGGCGCUGUUGUAACCAUACGUUCAGGAAGUGGUGAACUAACUUUGACCCUUCCAGAAUUCCUGGACCACAACAUGAACGGGUGUUUGAUUAUAAAUUUCAAAUUGCCUCCUUUAGGCCCAACUCAUGUUGUUCGGAGUUACAAGAUUUCACCUCGAAAACAAAACGCCCUGGCAAUUGUGAACGCCGCGUUCAACUUCAACAUCAACCGCGACACCAAUAGAAUUGAGGAGGCCAAAAUUGUAUAUGGCAAUAUCUCCCCGAACUUCAUUCACGCUGCAGACACGGAGAGGUACCUGCAAGGGCGAUAUAUGUUCUGCAACGACACCCUGCAGACAGCUAUACAUAUCCUCGACCAUGAGCUGAACCCUCAAAUCAUGCCUCCUCAACCGUCUCCAGAGGUCCGGAAGAAAUUGGCCAUUGGACUAUUCUAUAAGUUCAUCCUGAGCAUUAGUCCAGCCGACGCUUACCCUUACAAAUACGCUUCUGGGGCCACGGAAAUAUUUCGACCACUCUCUUCUGGGAAGCAAUUGUACACCACCGACCCAUCUAUGUACCCAGUUACAGAACCACUGCAGAAACUCGAAGCGCUGAUACAAAGUUCUGGUGAAGCGAACUACGUCAAUGAUUUACCUAUCAGGAUGAACGAUGUGUUCGCGGCUUUUGUUCUGUCUACAGUGCACGGUGGGGCAGUGGAUAAAAUUAAUUACAAUAUUCUGGAAGAACCAGGUGUCGUAGCUAUAUUUACAGUUAAAGAUAUACCCGGGGUAAACUCCUUCGGGUUUCCUGGUAUACCUCUUCAAACCGAAGAAGAAGAAAUCCUGGCUUACGACAAGAUUAAGUUCUGUGGCCAGCCAGUAGCCAUCUUGGUUGCUGAAACGGAAUACCUGGCUGCUAAAAUGGCGGAGAAGGUUCAAGUCACUUACAAGAACGUGCCGAAGACACCAGCUGUUAUCACCAUAGAUGAAGCCAAGAAGAAAAAAUGGAGAUACAAGGCCGGAACUAAUCCCGAUGAAAAAAUCGUGCCUAAAGGAAAAGGGGAGAAUGUUACUAAAGUAAUUAAAGGUAAGUAUGAGACUGGCGCCCAAUAUCACUAUUAUAUGGAACCUCAAACAACGAUCGUGAUACCUGUCGACAAGGGUUUGGAGGUGCACAGUGCAACACAGUGGAUCGAUCUGACGCAAAUUUGCGUGGCAAGGUGUCUGGGAAUUAACGAAAGCGAUGUCGUGGUAAAGGUUCGUCGUCUCGGAGGAGGUUUUGGCGGGAAAUUGAGUCGCUCGGUGCAAGUUGCUGCCGCUUGCGCGAUCGUCGCCAGGAACUUGAAUCGGACCUGCAGAUUCAUACUCCCGUUCGAGACCAACAUCACCAUGAUCGGCAAAAGGCCGCCAAUUCAGUGUACUUAUGAGGUUGGAGUGAACGACAUAGGCAAGAUCCAAUAUCUCAACGCCAAACUGAUAGAAGACUACGGUUGCUCGCAGAACGAGAACAUCUUGAGUUAUGCAGCAGGAAGUUUCCCAAAUUGUUAUAACACAGAUUACUUUAACUUGGAAACCGCUUCCGUGGUUACAGACUUGCCUUCUAAUACUUUUGCCAGGGGUCCUGGAACAUUUGAAGGCAUCGCAGCCAUCGAAAACAUAAUGGAGCACAUAGCGUUCGAACUUGGCCUCGACGCCACCGACGUCAGAUUGGCGAACAUGAAGACAGAUGACAACGAGAUCCCCGAAAUGAUAAAAACCUUGAAGAAGGAAGCCGACUACGACAAACGUUGCGCUGAAAUAAUACAAUUCAAUGCCGACAACUGCUGGAAGAAGAAAGCCAUCAAAAUCUCCGUUAUGCUGUUCCCUGUAAUCUAUUACGGGAAUUAUUCCGUCCUGGUGUCGAUUUACAGAGACGGAACGGUGACCAUCACCACUGGGGGCAUAGAGAUGGGCCAAGGUGUCAACACUAAGGCGGCCCAGGUCUGCGCAUACAAAUUGGGGAUAUCGGUCUCAUUGAUAACAUUACUGCCAAACUUUUCCUUCACUUGUACCAAUAAUGUGUUUUCUGGAUCGAGUAUUGUGAGCGAAUGUGUCAUGUUCGGUGUUCAGGAGGCUUGCGAUAUCCUGCUUGACAGACUCCAUCCCGUCCAGGUGGAGUUGGGAAAGCCAACUUGGAAUGAGCUGAUAAAGGCGGCGACAGAUAAGCAAAUAGAUUUGGUCGCGGAGUACAUGAUGAAUGAUAAAGAACCGCGUUUGAAGGCGUAUAGUGCUUUCGGUGUGGCCAUCUGCGAGACGACUCUGGAUGUUCUGACUGGAAGGUUCCAGAUUGAUCGCGUGGACAUUUUGGAGGAUGCCGGUGUGAGCACCAACCCCAUUGUGGAUAUAGGACAGGUGGAAGGAGCUUUCAUUCAAGGUCUAAGUUAUCACACGCUAGAAGAGUUUAUCUACAACAGUAUUGGUAAACUCUUGAACAACCGGGCACUGGGGUACGAUGUCUUUCUUGCUAAGGAUAUUCCUGUCGAUUUCAGAGUGCGGCUAAGGUUUAACUCCAAGAAUAAGAAUGGAGUGUUGGGUUCAAAGACCGUCGGUGAAAUGGGAAUAUGUACUACUUAUGGAAUAGCUUACGCACUGAGGGCAUGCAUCCACGAAUCCAGAAAGGAAUCUGGUCACAAACCAGAAUGGUUCACUUUGGGUUUCCCCACUAACAUAGAAGCCAUUUUGAAGGCUUUGGACGUGCCUCUGAGUAAUUUCGUAUUACAAAAGUAA